AUGAAAGGAGCUCAUUUCCUUGUAGCUUUUGUCCUUCUGGCUUUGUCUUCUUCCUUUGCCUUUGCCUUCGACCCUAGUCGUCUUCAAGACUUUUGUGUUGCCACCAAUGACCCCAAGGAUGGUGUGUUCGUGAAUGGAAAGUUCUGCAGAGACCCGAUGCUUGCAACAGCAAACGAUUUCUCUUUUUCUGGACUCAACACUCUUGGUAUAUCUAUAGCUCGCAUUGACUUUGCGCCAUACGGAGGCCUAAACCCACCACACAUUCAUCCUCGUGCCACAGAGAUUCUAGUAGUCCUGGAAGGCACCCUGUAUGUCGGUUUUGUCACAUCAAACCCCAAUCGCCUCAUUACCAAAGUUCUAAAUGCAGGAGAUGUUUUGUUUUUCCAAUUGGUCUCAUUCACUUUCAAUUCAACAUUGGAAAUACUAAUGCAGUUGCUAUUGCUGGACUAA